GCCUAGCCUGAAGGGAUGAAGUUCUCAGCAAACCUCUGAGUGGCUUCUUAGGAGAAAAGGAAGACCUAGAGUCUUUCUCAACAGGUGAUUGGCUCAGAGAGGGGAGGGCAGCCUCCAGGCUGCCUGAAGGGGAGAGGAAAGGGCAGUGUCAUUCCAGCGUCUCCUCAGCAAUGGCUCUGCCUUUUAAGGUCCUGAGUCGGGGCCUGGCCAGUGCAGCCAAAGGAGACCAUGGCGGGGCAGGAGCCAACACCUGGCGCAUCCUGACCUUUGUGCUAGCACUGCCCAGCGUGGCCCUCUGCUCCCUCAACUGCUGGAUGCACGCUGGCCACCAUGAGCGCCCAGAGUUCAUCCCCUACCACCACCUCCGCAUCCGCACCAAGCCCUUCUCCUGGGGGGAUGGCAACCACACGCUCUUCCACAACCCCCACGUCAAUCCUUUGCCCACCGGCUAUGAAGACUCUUGAAGCAGACAGACUCUUUUGCGGUCUCCAAACUGACCUGUGUUCUGGCUGCGAGAGCCCCUGAAGUUGCAGGGGACAGUCCCAAGGGCAAUAAAGAUGUGGAACUUU